CUAUGUGUAUUCUGCUGCUGGAGAUUCCCGCUCUUUGCAAUGUCACUUUCGACUGACGUGAUCAACAGGUUCACAUGAAUGCUGGGUUUACUGAUCAGGGGUCAUGUUUUAAUGUGUGUUGCAAAGUCCUGCUUAGAAAGCCAACCUCUCUCUCGUCCACUCCUUCCAUUCUGGAGAACCUGAGCUGGAGAACAGAGCACCAUGAGUGUGGAGAAAAAAGAACCACGACAGCCAUGCUGCUCCAAACUAAAGUUGUUUCUGUUCUCCAUGUCUUUUGUCGGCUUCGCCAAAGCGUUCCAGGGCAGUUACAUGAAGAGUUCAAUAACGCAGAUUGAGAGACGCUUCGACAUUCCCAGCUCCUUCAUCGGGGUCAUCGAUGGGAGUUUCGAAAUCGGUAACUUACUGGUGAUUGCGUUUGUGAGUUAUUUUGGGGCAAAGAUGCACAGACCCCGACUGAUAGGAGCAGGCUGUUUGAUUAUGGCUCUUGGUUCGUUCCUCACUGCUCUUCCUCACUUCUUCCAAGGACUGUACAAAUAUGAGACAACAAUUUCCCAUUCCUCUGAGGCCAAUGGUACAGAGACCAUCCUGCCAUGUCUGAACAAUGAGAGCCGUCCACAGGGUGAUGACCUGCCCUCAGCAGAGACUCAAACAGAGUGUGAGAAAGUGGCAGGAUCGUCUCUUUGGGUCUAUGUGUUCCUGGGGAACAUGCUGAGAGGUUUUGGAGAGACUCCGGUCAUGCCUUUGGGACUGUCGUACUUGGAUGACUUUGCUAAAAAGGAAAACACCGCUUUUUAUCUGGCAUUUAUACAGACAGUAACAAUUCUGGGACCGAUGUUUGGUUUCAUGCUGGGCUCCUUCUGUGCCAAGCUCUACGUGGAUAUUGGAGCUGUGGACUUAGAUACCAUUACCAUUAACCACAAAGACUCGCGCUGGGUGGGGGCCUGGUGGCUUGGCUUUUUGCUGACCGGAGCCGUGAUGUUACUGGCAGGGAUCCCAUUUUGGUUCCUGCCCAGGUCACUGCCCAAGCAAGAAAAGAGCCCAGACAACAAGAGUGCUGAUGCCCAGGAGGGCGAGCAAGACACUUUCAUCACGAUGGACAGCAGCAAAAGCCCACCAUCUGAAAAACAAGAGCCCGUCACUAUGGCUGCCUUGGCAAAAGAUUUCCUGCCGUCGCUGAGGAGACUCUUCAGUAACACAAUCUACUUGCUUAUCAUUCUCACAAAUUUGGUACAAGUCAAUGGCUUCAUUGGACUGAUAACGUUCAAGCCCAAGUUCAUAGAACAGACCUAUGGCCAGUCUCAGUCGAAGGCCAUCUUUAUGAUAGGCAUCCUGAACCUGCCUGCUGUGGCUUUGGGGAUCAUCACAGGAGGCUUUGUGAUGAAAAGGUUUAAACUGAAUGUGCUUGGAGCAGCCAAAAUCUGCAUUGCAGCAUCUUUCUUCUCUUUCUGUCUCCUGCUCAGCCAGUACUUUGUACACUGUGGAAACAUACAUGUGGCCGGACUCACUGUGUCCUAUCAAGGUGAACCAGAGGUGUCCUACCAGGAACAGAGUCUAUUGUCUCAGUGUAACUCAGGCUGCUCCUGCUCUCUGAAGCAUUGGGACCCUGUGUGCUCUAACAACGGCCUUACUUAUGCCUCCCCCUGCCUGGCUGGCUGCCAGAGCUCCACUGGAGUUGGCAAGGAGUUGGUCUAUCAGAACUGCACCUGUGUUGGAGAUGCUCACCUGCCAGCUGCAAACAGGUCAGCAGUGCUGGGUCAGUGCCCACACCAGGACAGUUGUGACCACAUGUUUAAGAUUUACAUGGGGUUGUCAGUUCUGGGGGCUUUUAUCUCAGCUUGUGGAGCGACUCCAGGAUACGUUAUCUUGCUCAGAUCUAUACAGCCUGACCUGAAGUCUUUGUCUCUUGGGAUGCAGACGCUGAUCGCCAGGACCCUGGGUGGAAUUCCUCCUCCUAUAUAUUUCGGAGCUUUGAUUGACGGGACGUGCUUGAAGUGGGGUGUGAAGCGAUGUGGGGGGCGAGGGGCUUGUCGACUUUAUGACUCUAAUGCUUUCAGAUCAAGAUUCCUGGGCCUGGUCUACGGCCUGUACUCCCUUUCUUAUGUGCUGUCGGCCAUGCUCUUUAACAGACUGGCCCACCGUCACAGGCAGGAGGCCAUUCAAAAUCAAGCCAAGGACAUGGAGCAGGAAGCCGGCAGCAAUGUAAACGGACCAGCGGCAAUAGUCAAAUGCAAGGAGAACCUGGACAAAGAGACCACUAUCUGAAUUCACUUCCUGGAUUCACAUGUGCACAAAACAAAUCUGUUAUUUAGGCCACAGUCAUACUGUAUACAUUGUGUAAAGCUUACGUGAACAUGUUUGUGAUGUGUGGUAUUCUGUGCUGGAAUUGCAUGUGGCCAUGGAGCUGCAUGUUACAAACGGUCAAAUGCACUCUUACGACCCAUUAUCAGUCUGGAGUAUUUAAAUCCAGACCUUCUUAUGUUUACCACAGAUAGACUGGUGCAUUGCCCAUUGGGAAAGAACCACAAAAGCAAAACCAAAUGCAACCGAUACACUGGGAUUAUGUACUGAAAGGCAUAAUGCAUUGAAUUUACUUGAUGUUUAAUGUCAGGGGUUCCCAACCCUUUGCAGUUUACAGCCCACAUGACUGAACACGAGCUUUUGCAGCCUACAAGAAGAUUUAACCAGCCCAGUGCAAGAAAAUAGAGCACAGUCCAUGUAUCCUGCUCACUGUAUAACAUAAUAAACACCAAAUUUGAUUAGCCAUACUAGAUCAAUUCCAUAUAAUCAAAAAGAGAAACAAAAACAUAUAUAGACAGCAUUUUGCCAAACCAGUGUUGGAGCUCUGAAUAUUUUGUUAUUUUCAAUAUUUUACUUUUACAAAUAAUUGUCACAACAAAAAUGUCUAUUAUUAUAAUUCAUUUUUGAGAUUAAAAAAAAAGUGACUGCCAAGGAGCUCUAGCAGGAUCACCAUGGACCAAAGGUUCUAAACCACUGAUCUAUAUAACAGAAUAUGAAAUGUUUUAAAUACAUAAAAAAGUAGUCAUAUACACAAUUAAAUCCAGUAAACUCAACACAUUAAGUUUUUCACUGUAUAAACUAUACUUGCAAUUACACCAAAGACAUUGUGAUACAUUGAAUGCCAAAUCAGAGCACAAUAGCAUUUGUGCACAUUAACAAACGUAUAUAUUGUUACAUAUAGGUUCUCUGCUGUAGGUGACGGUCAUUUGCAGUAUAUUUAUCCUCAGUGUUUUGGUUAAAAGUGUUUGAAUGCUCAGGUCAUGGUGUCCAUAAAGAUGAGAUAAUUAGUCAUAGCUUGUAUGGUCUUUUCAUUUUGUAUCGCACUGUUUUAUAUGUUUCACAUGAAUGAUCAGAUGCAAUGAGUAUUGAUCACAGUAUGUAUCUGUAUAUAAUCAUGAGACUGUAAUGUGAAUGGCAAAUCCGCAAUGACUACAUUUUUUUUUUUAUAGCAAUUCUUUUUGUCCUUGUGUUUCAUGUUCACAUGUACCUGAUCACAAAACUGCUAUUAAACCCCACAGAGGAAUAUUA